AUGGCCGCAGAGCCGGUGAGCAAGGCGCACGGCAGGCAGAUCUGGGUUCUCCUCCUGUUUCUGGGGCACGCCAGCUGCUCUGUCUUCUUGAUCCUUGUCAACAAGACAAUUUCCAUGUCAUUUCCCUAUGCCUGGACAGUUGUGGCCUUGCAGAACACUGGCACAAUUGUGUGCUCAUGCAUCCUGCACCUCAAUGGCAAGGUGCUCCUGCGUCAGCUGAAGCGGCAUCAGGUGCUACCGCUCCUCGUAGAUGCCAUCUGGCUGGUUGCAGUGCUCAUGAGCAGCUUCCGAGCUCUAGAAGAGGUUAGUGUCCCACUGUAUGUGGUCAUCAGGAAUACGGUGCCGUUUCUGACCGCCGUGAGCGAGCGUGUAGCCUUGAAGAAGCCGAUGGAUGCCAUGUUGGUCUUGGCACUUCUGAUCACUUUUCUGGGUACGGUGCUCUAUUCGGUCACGGACUUCACUAUUCGUUACAACGGCGCUCUUUAUGCAGUGUCCAAUGCCAUCUUGGUUGCGGGCAUGUGCACCUAUGAGCGCUACCUUAUGACCUCUGCCAAUCUUGGCAUGUCUGCCAUCGACAUAAACUUCCAUCGAGUAGUUUUAUCGAUGCCUCUAAUAGCAAGCCUUGGCUACAUGGAGGGAUUUCCUGGCACGCUGUUGGAUCUGGCAGUUCGCAGGUAUGAAGCCCUUCUCAUAGCGUCAUCGGCCUUCGCCGCAUUUGGCAUUGGUACGCUUCUUCUGGCUUUGCAGGCGGAGGUGUCUGCAACCACUAUACAGGUGGCCAAUGUUUCCUACAAAUGCGCCACAACGGUCGUAAGCAGACUGACACAUCCAUCGGAGCUUACAUCGAUGGGAGUUCUGGGCUACUGCAUUUGCACCGGAGGUGUGCUGACCUACACGCUCACGCGCCCUUCGCCUGCUGCAAAGGACAAAUGA